AUGAAUAUUCAAAAUGUAACCUCUACUAACUCUGCAACUUCAUUAUCCAUACCAGUAUCUUCUGCUGCUAACAACACUACCACUACCACAAGUUUAACAUCUUUAAAAAGCACUUUAGCAGUUUGGGAACACUUUAUCUUAUUAUCAAAUGAACUAAAGGCAAAAUAUAAAUAUUGCAAAAGUAUUUUAGUUUAUAAAAAAGAUACUGGAACAUCACAUCUUUGGCAUCAUCUCAAAUCUUGUAAUAAAUUUAAAAGAAAUGGGACAUGUAAUGAACAAUCAAAUGGAUCAAAUAAAUCAAAUGAUCAAACCCAUUUGAAUUUUCCUAUUUUAACUAAAUGGCAAUGUAUAGAAAACCCAAGUCGAAAAGACCUGAUGCAGCUUAUUUCAUUUUAUUAUUAUAAAAAAGAAAAGCAAGAAUUAGAUAAUGUUGAUAAAAAAAUACAGGAUAUCUUAAUGAAAUCUGUAUCUUCAUAUUAUUUUCUAUUAGAUUACUUUUCAUCAAAAAUAUCUGAUAUUGAACAGCAUGUAAUAAAUAGUAGAGAUACUAGCAUUGAAGAUAAAGUGUCAACAUUUGAAAGUCAACUUGAUAAUUUUUUUGAAUAUGCUAUAAAGAAAACCCAAACUAAUCAACCUGACAUGCUUCAGGAAGUCAAGCAGUAUUUUGAUGAAAGUAUUGUUAAUAAGACCACUAAUGUUCUUGAAUGA